AUAGAAAAAAAUGGCGUCAGCUGGUGUCAAACCUGCGCAAUACAAGAGAAACAGAUUUCGAUUCUGUUGUGGCAACCACUUGGCUAAGACCAAUGGCGAGACGGGGAGGGGUGAAUCUCUCCAUGUAUGUUUGGACUCUAGCCUGAGAGCUGGCAGGCAGAGUGCCUGCAUGCAGGACGUAUAGCAGUACUGGGACUUGACAACCGAUUGGAUGGAUGCGGCCAAGAUGUCGCCGUGAACACGUUUAAUCAUAGCAUCAUCUUGGAGCCUGACAGGCCUGACACAGACACCUGUGAGAGAAUUUACGAUUCAAGGAAGUGUGCUCCAGGUCGAGGUCGUACUACCUCCGGGUGAUUCGAAAAAAGGUUCCAUCAUGAUUAUUGAAGUGCUGACUGAAUAGUGAACCAUUGCUAUUGGUGUUUGCGGAAGAGUGAUUAUUGAAUAUCGAUGAUCCUCGCGUCACAAGUUCGGAUGCAAUCUGUGGUCCUUAAUUGCUACGUCUGCGC